AUGGUAAAUUUAUCCGAGAUUUCCAUUAAAAAUAUUUUUAAAAGUCUCAUUUUAGAUUCAUUCAUGAAGGAUGAGUUUAUACACAAGCAGCAAAGUUCAGAAAGUUUCUUUAGUAGAAACAAGAAAUAUUUGUUAGCAGGCACUGCGAUUAUUGCUGGAGCUGCUUUGGGCCCAUUUGCAAUAAGUGGAUUAGUAGCAGCUAUGGGAUUUGGUGAAGCUGGUAUAGUUGCUGGUUCUAUUGCAGCAUGGAUUAUGUCAUUACAAAGUGGAGCCGUCGCUGCUAGUAGCCUCGUGGCCAUUUUACAAUCAAUUGGUGUAGCUGGUUUAGGUAUUGGUGCGGUCUUUGCUAGUGCUGGAGGUGGUCUUUUUGCUGGGUAUAUGGCUAAAGCAAUACUAAUGAUAUCGGAAUCGAAUCCUGGAGGAUUAGCAGAAUUGGAAAAUUAUGUUUCCAUUAAUGAAAGUGAUGACGACGAAAAUGAUGAUGAAAAAAAUAAUUUGCUUAAGAAACAGAUUUUUGACAUGAAGAGAAGUGUCUUUCUGAAGUUUAAUAAUCCUUGA